AUGAAUCACAAGAUAGAAACAAAUGUAUCAGUAAUAAAUUCUAAUGUAAACAAAGAAAACGUUAAAUCUAAGUAUUUUCAUUCAAUUAAAGAAAGUACGAUUCGAGACCUGAAACCCAUUCUUUUUAUUUGUCGACUAUUUGGAGUCGCACCCUACACAAUAUCAAGUACUUCUAUUUCUAAAUCCCAGACUGGAGUUAUAUAUUCGGGAGUUAUUGUAAUUUACUAUCUUUGUGUUAUUAGCGCACGUUUAAAAGUUGUUUAUAGUCAAAAUAUAGAUGUGAAAUUAAAAAUACUUACGCUUGCAAGAAUUACAUUUUUGGUUCUAACUAUAUGUGCUGAUGCAAUCCUCUGCAUUCAUUGGGAUCAAAAAUUCCAAAAUUGUUUAGAAAAUAUUUGGUCUUAUGAAAAAGUGUUUAAAUCUGAUAAAAAAGGAUCAAACCUCAUUGUAGUGAUAAGUUGGACUCUAUCGAUUGUAACUAUGAGUUUUUAUCUUUUUAUGGCAAUCAUGUCAUACCUCUACGAUAAUGACAGGGGCCUAGUUGCUCUUAUUGAUAUCACAAUUUUUCCUGCUAUAACGUUCAGUAUUUUGAAAUUCCUACUAUUUGUGAUUGUCAUUCGCAAAAUGUUUCGAAAUCUCAAUCUAAAUUUAACAGAAGAUUCUUCUGCGGGUGAAAAGGUCAAUGUUAAGAAAUCUAACUUUCAAGAACUAUGUUUGCUUCAUGAUCAAUUAGCUUCAGCAAUGGAUGAUUUAAAUUCUCUGUACUCGAUUCCAAUGCUCCUGUGGAUAUCGGCUAUAACUUUUAAUAUAUUAUCAAGAAAUUAUCAACUUUUUAUUAUAAAAACUAUCAGAUAUUUUUACAAUGAUUUGAGAGAAAUACUUUUCUUGAUAUAUUACAUUUUAAUAUUAACAGCACUAACCAUAAUCUGUCAGAUAACUGCUAAGGAAGCUAACAAAAUAUCGUCAAUUAUGUUCUCACCUAAAUGCUAUCAAAGACAUGCCCAAAAUAUGAAAAAUGACAUUUCAAAUGUUGGAUACUACUUUCACAAUUAUUCCUUUAAAUUUACAGCAGCCUUUGGACUAUUUGCUGUUGAUCUUCAGUUACUUCUGACUAUAGCGGGAGCAGUGACCACGUAUUUUGUAAUCCUACUACACUGAGACAAUUUUUUCAUUUACCUUGUAGUGUAUGAUAAAUUUUUUUAAAGAAUAAAGUAGUGUGCAAAAUUAAUUAAUUAUUUGUUAAGUGCUAAAAGAAGGAAGUGUGAAAAAAAUCGAUUA